AUAAUAUGAAACUGACAAAGAAUCAGAGCAGGAAUAUAUUUCUCGUCAGGAAAUGAAUCAGUUCGCAAUAUCUAAUGGAUAAGACCUCAGAAGACCUGCUGUCAUAUUGUAUUCCACCCUGCCAUAUUGAAUUCUUCAGAAUAUAAAAGCUUAUGUGUCAAGCAAGGUUUAAAGAGGAUGAUGAUGAUGAUCAAAGACGUGACAACUGAAAAAAGACAGAUGUUUUAUAACCAUCUAUGAUAUUAAUCAGUGAUCAGAGCAACUUGAAUGCAAUGCUUUCUGCAUUUUUUGCUGCUGGUCGUGGAGAUUAAAGCUUCUAUGAAAACCAUGGAUAAAGAUGAAAUGGAGGCCUAUCUGGAUUUUUCCUUGAUGGCAGAAAGGAAUCAAACACAAGUUAUAAAUUUGAACCAGAUUGACAAACAAAACACAGAAGAUACUGAUAACAAUUUGAAACAGGAAUGGAGCGAUGCGAGCGAGCUCACCACCAAUAGUACAUUAUCUCAGGGUCAGGACUUAACAAGUGAAUAUCUAAUUACAAAAUCCUCUCAAAAUGUUCAAUUCUUACAAAACGACAAUUUUCUUUUGGUUUCGGAAAUGCAGAGAAACCAAGAAACAAAAGGAACAGAUUUAGGUACAACAAAAACGGACACAGGAAACUUACAUCGACAUGGCAACCAUACAAAAUCUUUUAAGGACAGUGAUAUUUUUUCUAAGAUUGUUAACAAUUCUCAAGGGUUCGUUAGAGAGGAAGAGGAUGUAAGUGACGGACAUGUAACUUAUUAUCCAUGGAAUUACAAUGACGAAAUUGUUGUGUUGAAUCUUUCAAGGGGAGAAAAGGAUCAGUCAGAACCAGCUCCUGGGACUUCAAACUCUUCAGAGAAUAUUGUUGUUCAGUUUGAAAAUGAUCUUCAGUCUGAAACUGAAAUGCAUUUCAAUUUUAUUCAAAAGAAAAAGAAUGAAUUUCAAUGUGAUGAUAAAAAUGUUGGAAGUGACACAAAGCAGACAAUUUCAAAAUUAAGUGGGACAUUAGGUGACUCAAAUUUUUGCAAGGGAGAUAAUAAGUAUUUUCCUGGUGGUGAAAUGGUGAGAAGUACUCCAGUUUCUGAUGUGUUAGACCAGAAAAAGAAAGAUAACUCUGAUGAAGCUUGUGAUUUUAAUAAUUAUUCAGAUGAAGAUAUUUCACAGAUGAAAAGCGGUAAAGACAUGGAUGUUGAACCAAACAUUUACAUCACAAAGAAACGGAAAGUGGAAAUGCAAGUAAGUAAACUGUCAGGGUCACAUUUCGACCUCUCAGGGUCACAGCAUGUGAAAUCAGGGAGAAUGAAGGCAUCGCAGAAAAUGAAAUCUCCCAUCAAAAUGACAUUUAAAAAAAGAAAAUUUGAAGUGCAAGACUUGUGUGGAAGAAAUGAUAGUACUGGUACAUUAGGAGAGGCUGGUAUUCAGGAAGAGAAAUGCUGCAUAGAAAAAGCAACUACAAGUAAUGACUGCGAUUAUGAGAAUAUCAAUGAUGCUGAAGAAAAUGUUCCUCUUGAUUACUCCAUGCAUGCUACACUAGUCCGUCAAAACUUGUCAAAGAGUGGCAUGAAUGAUCAAAUAUCUUCAAAACAUCUCAGUGACACUGAUGCUACUACAAGCGAUCAGGAUCAGGAAAGCUUUUGCAGUUCUUUAAGACUUGUAUCUGUCAGUGAAAUGGAACAGAAAAAAUCCUCCGAUAGCCAAAGAAAAUAUGAAAAUGAAAGGAGUGCAGCUGAUGAUCUUGGAGAGUCUGAUACCAAAGAAGAAGAAUCAGAACAGAAAGAAAUAGGGCAAGUGGACAAAUUUGUAUUAGAAAGGUUGAUAAAAAGUUGUCAGGAAAAAAAGAAAUUGAAAUCAAAAACGACAGAAAGCAACAACUCCAAAGAAAAGAUCUUUAACUGUGAUACAUGUUCGAAGACUUUCACUAGAAGAUCAACAUGGCGACACCACAUAAAGAUCCAUGUUGAUGACAAGUUUAAGGAGUGUAAGAUUUGUGGUAAAAAACUGAAAUUUUCUGGCAAUAUGUUAUCACAUCUAAAAACUCACACUGGUGACAGACCUUUCAAGUGUGAAUUUUGUGAGAAAACAUUCACACGGGCUGCAAGUCUCUACACACAUGUCCGUUCUCACACUGGGGAAAAAGCUUUUCUGUGCGAAAUAUGUGGAAAGGGAUUUGCUGAUAAAAGUCAUUACCGUCGACAUUUACGAAUUCACUCUGGUAUCAAACCAUUUAAAUGUGAGGUUUGUGAAAUGGCUUUCACACAGAGCUGGAGUUUAAAAUCACACAUGCUCUGUCAUGCAGAGGAGAAACCACACAUCUGUUCAUUCUGUGGUAAAGGUUACACACAGAAAGCUUACUUAGAAAGUCACAUCCGGUCACACACAGGAGAGCGACCAUACAGCUGUGAGACAUGCGGAAAAAGUUUCAGUGAUAGCAGUUGCAUGAGACGUCAUGCCAAGUCCCACCUGGGUGAACGUUCAUUCAUCUGUGAACUCUGUGGUAAAGCAUUUGGACGGGGUUGGAAUCUGACGGUCCACAUGAGAAUUCACUACGAUGACAAACGUUAUGAGUGUUAUAUAUGUGGUAAAGCUUUUGUACAGAAGAUAAAUCUUGAUAAACACAUUCUUACUCAUCCAGUGGAACCAUGUGAUUGAAUAUUAGGGCAUAUUGAAUUUGGUGUUUAAAUCUAUAUAUUUAAAAAUGUGCUUAUACUUCCGAUGUAUUUAUAGAUUAAUCCAAUUAAGUAUUUAUAUACUGUA